GUUGGUGGAUUCGGGCGCACAGCCCUAAGGCCCUAGCGUCCGAUCCCUAGUUUCAAUGCAAUGUGUUCUAACUUUUGACUAAUACACUGAGUGACUACAGAAUAGUUUCAAGCAAUUCAAGGACAAAUCUUUGUCCAGCUGACUCUUUGUGACGCUUCCUCCCUGCCCCGCAGAGUCGACCCGGGCAAGAACAUGUCAAACUCUGCCACGUAUUGCAGACUGGGCUGAACAUAGACUGAGGUCUGCUGAGCCACCGAACGCCGCUGGUCUGCAGAGCGCUGGACCAUGCGGCGGCGCGGCUGGGCGCUGCCCGGCCUGCUGACGCUGCUGGUCGCUGCGGUCGGUCCGUCGGCCGCCAUCGACCCGUGGUCGGUGGCCGGCGCGGUGGGCGCCAUCGGCGGACUCAGCUACGUGUGGGAGUCGGUGCGAGACACGGCGCUGGUGCGCCAGGUGGCGCGCUCGGCGCCCGUCAGGGCCGUGGAGUGCACCAUGCGCGAGUGCUGUGACGAGCCGUACAUUCGGCGCUCGGUGCCGUACCUCGGGGACCGUCUGCGCGAGGUGGUGCACGGCCAACACCUGGUGGCCGAAGUGAUACCGCGCGUGAUCAGCAACCACCUACACGACCAACGGCCGCGCAAACCGCUGGUUAUCAGCAUGCACGGCACCACGGGUGUCGGUAAAAACCACGUGAGUCGCGUGGUGGCCGAGAGCCUGUACCAGCGCGGCAUGCAGAGUCGGUUCGUGCACCUGUACGUGGGCAGCCUGGACUUUCCGUACUCGGACGAGGAGAGCAUCCAGCGGUACUCUGACACCCUGCGCCGCGCCGUGCUCGGAAAUCUGACGCGGUGCGAGCGCAGCCUCUUUAUAUUUGACGAGGUGGACAAGAUGCCGCCGGGCGUGCUAUCGGGCAUCCGUUCCCUGAUGGACUUCCACGGCAGUCUGCACGGCGUCGACGUGGCCGGCGCCAUCUUCAUACUGCUCAGCAACACGGGCGGCCUCGCCAUCAACGCGUUCAUGCUGCAGCAGUGGCGUGACGGCGUGGCCCGCGAUCAGGUGACCAUCGCCGCCUUCCAGCCGGUGAUGGAGAAGAGGGCGUUCAGCGAGACCGGCGGCCUGUACAAGUCGGACAUCGUCUCGGCAGCUCUGGUGGACCUGUACCUGCCGUUCCUGCCGCUGGAGAGGCAGCACGUGCGGCUGUGUGUGCUGGACGAGCUGCGACGGCGCGGCGUGUCCACCGGCCAGGAGGAGGCCGUCCAGCACGUGCUGCGACAGGUGCGCUUCGACACCUCCGAGCAGGUGUUCGCCCGUGUCGGCUGCAAGGACGUAGCCAAUAAGGUGAACAUGGUGCUGGACCAUUCGAUGUUUGAAGAGACGUGAGCUUGGCCGUACUGGCUGAGAGAACUCCUGUGAUUCACUGCCUUUGGCAUUGCUUGUGUGCACCGGGUGCAGUUUUUUUCUAUGAAUGUCAUACAUAUUGAAGCUAAGCCUCUUGGUCUGGAUAUUGGCAGCAGAAUAGUCAUAAGUCUGUCAUUGUCACGAUCAUGAAAUAAUGUGAUGCGUUGUGAUUAAUCGUCUUUUGAUGAUACAUUUUAGCGUGUUAUUGGC